GAUUCUCCAUUCUGCUCUGGUGGAGGCUGCACUUCUAAAAGCGAGCUCUUCAAACUUACAUCUCAAUUACUCCUAACAGGGACAGUUAGAAUUUUCUUUCUCAAAGGUUUGAGAAAUCCCUGAUAAGAUGUACUGUUCCCUCAAGUUUAUUUUAAUUGUAAUUUUUUUUUACUGCCAGCCUUCAUCCAGCUUUGACGAUUUAGAUUCUCAUAAAAACUCCAAAGUUAACGCGAUAAUUAUGUUCUGCAUUGGUGGCGCUAUCCUGUUGGCCAUGCUCGUUCUGAUGGCCGUCGUCAUCUGUCUUUACUACAAAGUAGCCAACGCACUGAACAUGCCAAAGGUACCUGUUUGUUUGGCCUUAAAAAAUAAUCCAGCUGUGAUCACCCCGGACAAGGUCAGUGCAGCCCUCACCACUGGGUCUUACCCCAGCCUCCAGUGCUGUGACGAAUGUAACUUGUAUCCCGGCUUCGAUGCCCUGCCUCCGUGCUGCUGUAAUGUAAACGAGGGUCUCUGACUUGGGUGGGUACAAAUAUCUUCAUGAACAAUAUUUCUUUCUUAGUAGAGUCUUUUAUUAUUCAAGUCAAGUUUUAUACUGUUUCCAUUAUAUCAUGUACUAUAUACCAUAUUUAUGUGCUUUUGAAUAAAUGCAAUAUUGAAAAUAA